AGUACGGUUUGAAUGGGUUUUAAAAUUUUAGGACACCACAUAUCACUGAUGAACAAAUUGAAAUGGUGCAAGCGAGCUGGUGUGCUGCAGAACGAGGUAACAUUUCAUGGAGUUUGAGGAACAUCCUCUUGUGUGCUGUCAAACUUCAGGACUCUCGCCACACAUCAGCCCAGGCACUCUUCCAGGUACUUUCAGGAACCCACAGUCUUUCUGUGAACUGCAGAUCACGUUUGUUUUGCAUCGCGAGGGACCAACUCAAUGAAGACUCCAGGACAAAGUGUUCGCGAAGACAACACCGAUUUUUAAAGUAACAAGCUCAGCGCAAAGUUCGCUACCCCCGCCAUGGGCGUACCGAGAGGGGUGCAAGAAGUGACGGGGGAGCGUUGCUUUCUCCUUCUCCCCCCUGGAUCUCCAAGGUCACAUGUGCAAAUUGCCUUCUUUGCUCACAGUUCAUGAUUUAUGCUCAGAUAUCAUGUGAACAUCCAUGUGAACCUUACCCCCUCACCCGCCAGAUCCGCUGCGUAUAAGUUUGAGUUGUCGCCAUAUAUGGGUUGUCCUCCUAUAUUAACUCUAUGAGUUGACCGCUUUGCUGGCUUUGCCCCCCCUCUCCUUGGAAACACUUUGCACCCCCAACCCCCCUGGAAAAAAUCUUGCGAACGCCUAUAAUCCCUACAAAAAAAGAGAAAAGAACGGCGUUUCAAAAUCAGCAACACAGCAACGAUCAAACAUCCGGUGAGUUGGCUAGUAGUAGUCGCUAAACAAGCCUGCACUCAAAUCUCAAAUCAAACAACCGGAAGCAACCAAACAAGUCGUAGUAGUAGGUAGUAGUAGUCGUAGGACAAACAUUUUAAUGUGUACUUCCAAAAAACGUGUAUAGAUGGCGCCACGUGUUCUAGUGUAUUUUUGUUUGGUUUAUUUUCUCUUUCUCCAACGUCACCGAAUCGCUCGGUUCCCUCCUCCUCUAAGCCACCUGCCACACAGUGAACAAAACUUCUGCAUACCUUGUCGGGCCGUGCCGUUGGUAACCGUGGUUACUGUUGUGUUGGCUAUGAUGUUACGUCGCAAAAGAUCGUGAUUUUCUCUCUGGUGUUGUGGUGUGGAUAUCAGAACGUAAUGUGACAUUGCACACUUCGGAUUUCCUUUGCGCGACAUGAGCGGUCUGGCGUACAGUCUACUGAGCUCAGUGCUCUUAGCAUUGACGCUACGGCUGCCAGAACCUGCCUCCGGCCAGUCCCAAUCCGAAGGCUAUUUCGAUGGGACAUCCUACGCCAUCCUCAACGGGUCCAUCUCCUUCACAUCCCCAGUCACCCUGGCCUUCAGGACGUGCAGACACGGCGUCCUGCUGUUCCAGUCAGACUCUUCGGGGGACUCCGUUGCCUUUUCCGUUCUCCCAAGCGGUGUAUUUGAGCUACGGUGGAGCAUAAGGUCACGCGAAGACUCCGUGCACAUCGGAGCCAAUCACAGAGACAAUCGUUGGCACAGUGUGGCGCUCUUUCGGCGUCUUGGGGCCUUGCAGCUCCGUGUGGACCGCAAAACUGUUCUUGUGGCGAGCAGGACGUUCAGGUCGUACCUUCUAAAUGUGACCUUGCCUUCAGAUAGGGUGUGGGUGGGGUCGAACUUUACGGGAUGCAUCCAGGAAGGUGCGUCCGUAGUUCUCAGUGGUGCUGAUGUGCAAUCUUCUGGAGUGCGGUGGGGUAGCUGUCUUUUACCGGACCUCGGACAUUGUGAUGGCUAUGACAGUGACCCCUGUUUCAGCCAUGUCUGCCAGCAUUCUGGAGUUUGUACUCUUGUUGGUGGAAAACCAAAGUGCCUUUGCAUGUCCAGAUACAAUGGGGAGUACUGCCAACAUGACACGGGUUCAUUAUGCAACAGACCUGAUCAUCCACAGUGUCAGAAUGGUGGCACUUGUCAAGAAGACCACUUGGGAAACUCUACGAGUUGCUCUUGUCUACCAAAGUACAUGGGGCCCUUAUGUGAGACCUUCUUCGAAAACAUCCACUGUGAUCCCAAUCCUUGCCAGAACGGAGGGUCCUGUGUUUCAAAUCACCAGACGCGGAGCUACUCAUGCAAUUGCCCCAGUGGGUUUGCUGGAUUACGCUGUGAGCUGAACAUCAACGAGUGUCAGUCAUCGCCGUGCAAGAAUAAUGGGAGCUGUACCGACGAAGUCGACGGAUAUUCGUGCGAUUGUCAUGGCACAGGUUACACUGGCCACAACUGCGAGACUAACAUAAAUGAAUGUGCACAGCAGAAUCCUUGCUUUGGCGCCAGUGUUUGCUUCGAUCGAUACGGUGGCUACGAGUGCAUUUGCGAGCAAGGCUACGAAGGCAUCAACUGCGACCAGAAGAUAAACGAGUGUGUAUCCCAGCCGUGUAUGAAUGGGGGUACCUGCGUCGAAGGCCUCGGUCAACAUAUCUGCCGUUGCCCCGUGGGAUUCUCCGGUGCAAAUUGCGAAGUGAAUAUAGAUGACUGUGAAGGGGUGGCUUGCCCAAGGAAUUCCGAGUGCGUCGACAGCGUAAACCAGCACCGCUGUAUCUGCAGCCCGGGCUACAUUGGGAGCCCACCACAGUGUCUUCGAGCAACAAACUGUGCACUGAACCCGUGCAAAAACGGUGCAAAGUGUGAACAGAACCUAAAUGAAGGGUACACCUGUGUGUGUAUGCAAGGGUUCUCAGGUGAUCACUGUGAGAACAACGUAGACGAGUGUGCUUCCAGCCCAUGCUUGAAUGGUGCAACGUGUACAGACGAAAGAGGGCACUAUCUGUGCCACUGCCUACCAGGGUACUCUGGUGUCCACUGUGAGGUUGAUGACAAUGAAUGUGCUUCCGGUCCUUGCCUGCAUGGAGCAAAUUGCACAGACUUGGUGAGCGACUACCUAUGCACAUGUCCAAUGGGUUGGGAUGGAAAGAGAUGCGAGAAAAAUGUGGACGAUUGUGUCCUGCAGCCGUGUUACCAUGGCCACUGUGUGGAUGGCGUUGGCCGCUUCACUUGUGAUUGCACUCCUGGAUACACAGGACGUCUUUGCGAGAGCAACAUCGACGACUGUGACCCAAACCCAUGUUUGAACGGCGGAAGGUGCGUGGAUGGGCUCCGCGAUUAUCACUGCGAGUGUGGCAGUCUCUUCAUGGGACACAACUGCGAAGAACAGUUCGAUGCCUGCCACUCUGGCCCUUGCCAGAAUGGGGCCACAUGCAGCUCUUUGAAGCCAUCAGCCAACUUUACAUGCAGCUGCCCACCUGGUUUUACCGGUGCCACCUGCGAGACAAACAUCAAUGAGUGCGACGGCGUGACGUGUGCUCCAAAGUUUACUUGUGUGGACCUCAUCAAUGGCUACGAGUGCAGGUGUCCACCUGGAUUUACUGGCUCUGACUGCAGCACCGAAGUAAAUGAAUGUGCAAGCAAUCCCUGCAUGAAUGGCACUUGUCUGGAUGACCCAAGUGGCUAUCGCUGUGUCUGCCACCCUGGGUACACGGGGGAACGUUGUGACAGAGAUGUGGAUGAAUGUGAAAAUGAAGUGUGCAAAUUUGGAAGCCUCUGUCAGAACACAGUUGGAUCGUACCAGUGCUUUUGCCGCCCAGGGUACACGGGAACAAACUGCCAUAUAGAGGUAAAUGAGUGCCUGUCUCAGCCAUGCCAAAAUGGUGGAACAUGCAAGGAGGGUGUCAAUCACUACCACUGCCUGUGUACACCAGGUUAUACUGGUGUGAAUUGCGAAGAAGAUAUUGAUGAGUGUGCAUCUCAGCCUUGCAUGAAUGGUGCAACAUGUGUGGAUGCUGUGAACCAGUACAAGUGCAUCUGUCAACCUGGCUACACUGGAGUGCAAUGUGAAACAGACAUUGAUGAAUGUGAAUCUGUGCCGUGUCUCAACUCUGGUGCUUGCAUAGACCUGGUCAAUGGCUACCAUUGCAACUGCAGCAAUACCGGCUUCACAGGGAGCCACUGCGAGCACAACAUCAACGACUGUGAACCGAAUCCCUGCACUCACGGAUCGACCUGUCGAGACGGCGUCAAGGACUUCACGUGUCUCUGCCACCCCGGAUACGAGGGAAAGACCUGCCACAUCGAUAUUCCCGAGUGCGACGACUCCCCGUGCCAGAACGGGGCACCGUGCUUCGAACGCUCCAACAGUUCGCUCUACCAGGUCAACCACCUCGGAUUAUUUCCCCGCUUCAGCUAUGAAACUGCGGGAGGAUACGUUUGCGUCUGCCCUACUGGCUUCAACGGAACAGACUGCGAGAACAACAUCGACGACUGCGCGGGAAACGACUGCCAUCACGGGGACUGUGUGGAUCUGAUCAACGCGUACCGCUGCGACUGCCACCCCGGAUACGAACGAGCCGACUGUAGCCACGAGAUUAACGAGUGCUAUCGGUACAAGCCGUGCCACAACGGCGCUGUCUGCUUCGACAAGGUUGCCGACUAUGAGUGUGACUGCCCGGCUGAUUACGGCGACAAGAACUGCACGACCCUUCUGCUUGGUUGCAGAAGUAGCCAGUGUCAAAAUGGUGCCAAAUGUGAACCCUAUCUAAACGACAUGGGGCAGCAUAGGUACCGGUGUCACUGCGAGCCCGGGUACUUCGGAACGCACUGCGACAUAACGACGACGGUGUCGUUCGUAGAGAGCAGUUUCUGGAACGUGAGUUAUGCCCAGGAAGCCAGGUUGGACCAUGAAUUGAAGUUGAGGUUUCGUACGACGCUUCGUAGCGUGCGUCUAGCGACGCUCCAUCUGAGCGGAGGGUCUACCGUGGUACUCACACUGCAACACGGAGUCUUGAUCUUGUAUGUCAAGAGAGGCAGUGGCCUACAGUCGCUGCUGAGUGUUGGAGAAACCCUGAACGAUUCCGAGUGGAAGGAUGUCACACUGAAGCUGUCUCCUCGUGUUGCUCAUCUGAACGUGUCUGGUGAACAUAGAACAGUGGAUUAUACUCAUCCAGGUUUUGAAAUCACUGUCUUGUCCGUCACAUUUGGAAGGAGCGGCGAUGUAGAAGAUCUGCCUGCUGGUUAUGUUGGUUGCAUUCAGGAUGUUUCGCUCAACGGAGUGCUGAUGGUGCCGGGUGAGCAAAUGGCAUCCCAGCAGGACGUGACGGAGGGCUGCCCGAGAGAAGAACAGUGUGUUCCAAGUUCCUGCAGCAAUACAGGACAGUGUAUUGACAAGUGGCAUUACUAUGUGUGUCAGUGCAGUCGGCCCUACUAUGGAGAAAGGUGCAGCAAAAGCUAUCCAGCAGCAACGUAUGGGCAUCAGAAGAGCAUAAGCUGGACAAAAUUGAGCGUUCGGAAAAUGCACCAAGAGAUGCUGCGCCAGUCCUUGAACAUCAGCUUUUUCUUCCGAACACGCAAAGAAACUGGGCUUUUGUUCUAUCUGGGGACGGACCCAAGUCAGAACUCGGUCCCGCUGUCGUGGGACGGAAGAGAAUCCUACAGCUUCGUGGCUGCAUUGAUCGAGAGCCACGCGAUCAAGGUCAUCUUGAAAGUGAACACUGCGACGUCCCCUGUUCUGGUGGAGGUCCCUGGGACAUUUAACGAUGGAGAGCUUCAUUUUGUUCAGGUAACUCGCAACUUGUCUGAACUGCACGUGUUGGUUGACAACAGCAUGAAGAAGAAUCGUGUUCCUGACGGAGACUUGACCGCGGAAGUUAUGUACCUGGGCUGGAUUCCGAUGCAUAAUCCCACACGAAAGAAACGCCAAACCACGUCUAUACUUUCGGGACACGUUGCAGACUCCUUUGGAAAUGUUGCCCACUUCAAGGGCGUUCUUCAAGAUUUCAGGAUGAGCGGAAGGCAUGUCAAUCUGCUUACUGACAUUGGAAAUGCUACGGAUGAUGCAAUGUACAGCGGUCCGGAAGUUGCCGUGCCCGUAGAAAGCCACGAUGUCCUCAAUGGCAUCCAGAGCGAUAAUGACUGUUUGAGCGGCCCAUGCAUGAAUGGGGGAACGUGCAAAGAUUUGUGGAACAAAUACAUGUGCGAAUGCACUCCAGAGUAUAGAGGCGAACACUGCAGUGACUUGAAGCCGUGUGCCGAAAAUCACUGCCCAGAUGAGAGUGCGUGUCGUGAUUUGGAGAAUGGCUAUGAAUGUGUUGCGCCGGCAGCAUUCAGUGGAAACGACAGCAGUACGUUUCACUACAAAGCAAGCCUCCAGACAAACACUACCAUUGACAAAAUCACCUUUCAAUAUCGGUCGAGAACUCCGGGAACGAUCCUCUACCUGUCAGAUGGAGAACAGACGUUCUCUGUAGGACUGACACAUUCUCACCUGACGGUCACGUGGAUCCUGGACGAAUUUCUACCCGCCCCUAAACUACUGCAGUUUGGUGAAAACGUCGUAGACGGCAACUGGCACAGCGUUGAGAUCAUAAUUUCAAAUUCUUCAGUUAAAGCGAGGCUACAGGGUCAAGAUUACAAGGAGACUGAGGAGUUUAGUACGGCGUCCGUCAAGGACCUGGUUACCGGUGGUGCGACCUACCUCGGCUCUGCUCCGAAUGGAAGCGAGAGCUUCAAAGGUUGCAUGAAUGACGUUCGCCUCGGCGACAUCCUGCUGCCAUUUUUCCUCCCCGAGAAACUUGACAACAGUAAGGAACUGGACAGGUUCGAGUUGCUUGGGGAGAACGAACCACGUUUGGGAUGCAUUUUGUGCUGGAAUGAAGACUGCCACAAUGGAGGGCAGUGUGCAAAUGAGACAGACUCCUAUUUGUGCAGCUGCCCGUCGACCUUUGAGGGGGAUUAUUGUGAGAACGAUCUCGAUGAGUGCCUAGAAGAUGACAAGUGCCUUAACGGAGGUGAAUGUGUGAACCUGGUGGGCAGUUUUGAGUGCCAUUGCCAUCUGGGAUUUACUGGCACACAGUGUGGCGACAGGAUAUAUUACUGCGAUGCAUCACCAUGUGAAAAUAGUGCAACCUGCCAAGACAACGAUCCAGGGAAUUAUUCAUGCAGCUGCACCGAAGAGUUUGAAGGCCAAAACUGCACAGAACGAAAAAUAAUAUCCUGCGCUCAGCAGCCAUGUCAAAACGGUCGACCGUGCUACGAGAGGGAGCCCUUGGGAAGAAUUGCGUACGAGUGUGACUGCGGUCUAGCGUAUGAAGGCCUGAACUGUGAACACGAAAAGGACUUCUGCAAGAGCCAACCUUGCCAGAAUGGAGCAAACUGUUCAAGCACUGCUCUGGAGGCCACCUAUAAGUGCGACUGUGCUUUAGGAUACAGGGGCAGGACAUGCGGAGAGAUCAUCGACUAUUGCGAAGACCUUCAGGAAGCUUGCAAGAACGGUGGACGGUGCGAGAGCUAUGUCGGAGGGUACGAGUGUGACUGUGUUGGAACGGGAUAUCAGGGACCGUACUGUGAUGUUGACAUCAACGAGUGUGAAGAUUCACCGUGCCUAAACAAUGGGUCUUGCGCCAACCUCGAAGGCUCCUAUGAGUGUAGCUGUGUGGCAGAAUUCUUUGGUAGGGACUGUCACUUGAAUAACACUUGCUUCUACGAGCAGCCCUGCGCGAAUGGGGCCCAUUGUACGCCACUGCAAGACGCAGAGAGACCUUUCUAUUGCAACUGUACGAUAGGAUAUUAUGGAGUCACAUGCGCGCUUCAGGUGAGCGGUGCGGCACUUGAGAGCACAGACCUUGGCCUCAUAAUAGGUCUCACAGUGGCAUGCGUCUUCUUGCUGGCCUUCAUUGUCAUGGCAACCGUGUUCCUACGUGUAGCCAAGAAAAAGAGAGCGACACGUGGCACUUACAGCCCCAGCAACCAAGAAAUGUUUGGCUCACGUGUGGAAAUGAAUCCCGUCAUGAAGCCACCUCCUGAGGAGCGCCUUAUUUAAACUUUACAGGCUGUAUAAACUUUACAAGCUGUACAUAGUGCAUGUGCUCUCGUGCUGCCUUCAGUGUGUGCAAGCACAACUGACACAAGUGACAGUGUGAACUGUAGUACAUAAUACUUUUAGGACUUCAUUCUUUUACCUCUCACUUCGUGGGUCUGUGCGAAUGCUGCCAAGAGUGUGUGGUCCUGGUAUUUUGAAGUCGUUUAGCUACUUAGCGAGUUGUUGCAUGGACCAUAUUGGCUCCCGACCAUGUUUGCUUUUUUAGUGUGGUUGUGAAAUUCUUACUCUGUUUAACUGAAGAGAAUGAGCCAUCUCAGCAUACCUGUUGUAGUAGCACAAUUGCAAAUUAUCGCAUAUCUCAUCGAGUUAGGAUGCAGUCCAAGGCCCGUUCAAUUUUUAAAGGCAAUAUUCUGAUUAUGUUUCAAAAAUUCCAAUCAUUGCAAAGGUAUAUUUUUAGCGAGGGACGUUUUGUACCAUUGACUCUGUUGAGAGUCUUUUUAUCUAAUGUAUGUAGCGAGUCUAUUUGACUAUUUUAAUUUGUAGGUUUAGUUUUAGCACAUUUUAAUGUUUAAAAUUUGUAUUGCUGUAGAAACACCCAAUAUGCUUAAAAAGCAUAGGGUAUGUGGUACUGUGCAGUGUGUUUCAAUAACUGUGUCAAAAUACUGUAACAAAAAAAAUCAUGCUAGAGAGAAAAAAAAAUACGAUCGAGGCCAUUUAUCAGUGGGGAUCUUUGCCAAGCAAUCUUAUCAGAUUUUCGUUGCAAGAAAUUUAAUUUCUUGAAUUGAACUUCAAAAUUCAACUGACAAAAUGGCGUAGAGGCAGGCUAGCUGGUGGUUAGUGCAAGUAGCAGCGGAAGAAAAUGGCGACCCGUCUCUUCCCAUUUCCUCCUUACUGUUGCUUCUUAAGAUACCUGUGGCUGCUGUUAUCAGCAGAAGCAUUGAUAAGCAAUUGUUUUUCCUUGAUGGAUAACUGAGGGUGGCUAUGGUUUUUGCAACUUUUUUUCAUCCCUUGCUGUCAUGGCAGGAAGGGCGUUUCGUAGUGAAGUGGGGUAAAUCCGACACGUACUGUAUGUUCUGGCAAAAAGAAAGAAAAAAAAAAAUGCUGACCUGAUAAUUUUUGAAGUUAGGUUGAUGAAUUUUUAAAAAUUAAGAUUUAAUAAGGUUGCUUGCAGUAUGUGGCAAACUUCCCACAGAUGAAUGUCGUUGAUCACAUAUUUUUCUCCAGCGUGUUUAUUUUUAUUAAUUUUUCUUUGUGUGGUCGCUGGUAUCAGUGCCUACAUUUUUUUGGGGGGAUAAAUUUGUGCUGUUCACUUGUGCCCAGUGCUUACAACAAUUACUGCCUUGUGACAGAGCAGAAGACUCAUAAUUCUCGCUGUGAUUUAAAACAUUGUAACGAGCCAUAUGCCAAUGUGGCUUUAAGGUACCUUUCAAAACAGGAGCUAGGUAAUGUAAAUACUGAACAAGGCAUAACAAUGAACAGGUAAGGCUACUCACAGACAGUUGCAUUCCUUUCAAAUAAUGCUAGUGAUAUUACCAUGAUGGCUUCGGAAGACACUGUGGAAGAGUUGGUUUACAUAUUUUCAUCCGUGUGAAUUGAAAGCUCAUGAGCGUUGAAGUCUACAUGUCUGUUUUAUUGUUUGUUAGAUUUUUAUCAUUUCAUUUAAGUUGUACAUUAUGAAAUGAAUUCACUGAAGGUGUUUGUGUAUA